CAGACGGUCAGAGCCUACGGGAAGGUUGUCACCACCUCCUGUCCUCCACGUCUUGUCAUCCAAGGUAUCCCGCAUCACCUCAGUCCAACCAGUCCAGUCAGUCAACCAGUGACCAUUGUCAGUCACCGCCACGGUGGAUUCUCGCGGUACUGGAGACUCCAAAGGGCCCACGACCAAUCUCGCUCUACCACUCCCACGAGCUCAGCCCGCCACGACCGCCCUGCCUCUGGUCUCCAUCAAUCCGCAUCGUCACCCACUCAGAUGCUCCAUUGUACCAAGGGACCCCAUAGUACCUACCAAAGUAUCUUUUCGCCAGAACUACGAAUCUCCAUCGCGGCUCGCCUUUGUCCCCGAUCGGAAAACUCUGCAACGGCUGCCAUAGGCGGUGGGAACGCAACCGCGACAACUGAAAGAGGACCACGAGUCCACCAGCCCACGCGACGGCCCCGUCAACGCAAACCAUCCACAAGUUAA